AACUAUUGCGGCUUGAAGUAACCUAUUGCCAAUAUCUGAAGGUAAAAAACGAACAAAAGGAUGUAUUACGUUGUAAUAGUCUUUGCUCUCGUUUGCUCAGGAGGAUUUCAAGCUGUGGUGAAAGGUUCUUUGAUCAGGAAACAAGACAACCCUUGUUAUCCAGGACUGUGUAAGAACGGUGGCGUAUGUCGUGCUAAAACACCCGAUGAAGGCUAUGGUUAUUACUGUUUGUGUAUUGAAGGUUUCGGAGGAGAUAAUUGUGAAAUACGUACAGGUACACCCAUCGUAAAGAGAAACAGCCCUUGUUUCUCAAAACCAUGCAUGAAUGGAGGCGUUUGUCGAGCUAAAACGCCUGAUGAGGGCUUUGGAUAUUACUGUCUGUGCCCUGAGGGCUUCAGAGGGAAGAAUUGCCAAGAAGGUGGAAAGUAAAGAAUAUGGACACAUCUUGAGAAGCAAAUUAAAGAAAUCUUUGCUCCUAAAUAAAAUUUGUCUU